GUUCACGCCUGUGCAUGUUAUCGGUUUGCUUCUGGAGGAGCGCGUUGCCAAGCAGGAGCAUCUUGUGGAUUCAGUAGUUCGUAGCGCGCCAUUCGUGACCCGGCCGACCUGGGACGCGCUGACUGGGCUGGCAGCAGCUAUAAAAGCUGGGCGCACGCUCCAGUCGGUACCAGCUGCUCCCCAGUCCUCACAGCCAUGUGGGCGCUGAUCCUCUUGGGGCUCCUCGUUGGGGCAACUGUGUCCGCUGCCGAACCAGAUGCGUGGUCCAAGGGCUACCUCUACCAGUAUGAAUUGAAGUCCAAGGCACUUACGGCUCUACAUGAAGUCGCCAACCAGUUUUCAGGUGUGCAGAUAGAAGGAAACCUACAUGUCCAGCUCAUAAAUUCGUCAACUGUGGCCUUCCAGCUGGAUGAUUUCCGCGUGGCUGAGGUUCACCAAAAUCUGUCUGGUGGCUGGGACGCUGACAUUCCUGAGAGCCAGUUAUCUUUCCAGAGUUUUAAACUCCCCUCCAAUGUGUUCUACCUGAACUACACAAACGGAGUUAUUUCUAACGUAACUGUUAGUAAGAAAGUGCCAUUAUGGUUCGUCAACUGGGUCAAGGGACAGGCCAGUGUAUUCCAGUUGGACGUCCGGGGCUCCAACAGAGUCAGUAGGCCCGUCCCAGGCGGCGACAGUGAUAUCUACUGGACGAUGGAGGACGUCAUUACCGGCAAAUGUCAAACGGCAUACGUGUACGCUCCCUAUCCCAAAUAUGCUGCUCUGUCCGACAAUGACAUCGAACCCGAGAACUGGGAGGACGACAGCAAACUGUACACCGUAUCUAAAGCAGUGAACUACACGAAAUGUGAGAAACGAGCUGGUUACACCUGGGGCUUGAACACUGUGACCCGCUGGGAGCCUAUUGAAAACUCCGUAGGACAAACUAUAUCGCGCUCGUCGAACACAGAGGCCGUUAUCAGUGGUUCCAUUCGGAAGUACACAAUCCAGAAGUCGGUAACGACGAACAGAGUCAUUCUGAACCCACUGGUAUACAACCAACAGAAGGGCAUGCUCGGAAGUCAGGUGAAAAUCAGUUUGCAGAGGAAGAUGAAGUCUGACAAACCCAUUCCAAAAAUCUCGGACCCCGUGACCUACGACGACCUUGUGUACGAGUACGAGGGGAUGUUUCCACUGAAACACGCUGACGAAGCUCAGGGCAGAGGCUACAGCGACGAACCCAGCGAAGAGUCUGAGGAACGGGCUUACAGGCCUAGGAGACAGUUCAAGCGUGCGGUUUGGGACAAUGCCGACGAAUCCGACAGCAGCAGCAGCAGCAGCAGCAGCGAAGAGGAUCUUGAAAUUCCCGAGCCCGAUCUUUUGCAACCGCCUUUGCUACCGUUCAGCAACAUGGAGCAGCCUCAAGACAAGCCAGACAUCAGCGCUAUCAUUGAAUUGGUUGAGAAGAUUGCUCGUCAGAUUCAAGAGCCUAGCAGCAUCCCAUCAAGCGACACACUAGCCUCAUUCCAGAUCCUCAACAGAGAGCUGAUGAAAUACGGCGUAACGUCUCUGCGCCAAAUAGCUAACAAGCUUUAUGCACCGUACCCGGCAGAUUCGCACAGCUACCCGCAAUCUGUAAAAUACACCCAGUGGGUUGUCUUCAUCAAUGCCCUUUCACAGUCGGGCACUGGACCAGCAAUCAGAACUAUUAACGAGCAGAUCAAACUGCAGAAGCUUCGAGGACGCCUUGCCGCCAUCGCCAUCGGAAAUAUUCCGCGCAGUGCUCUGUACCCCAACAAAGCAUUCCUCAAGGAAUUCUUCAUGAUAGUGAAGAACACAGAGAAGUAUAGUCCUGAGAACGCAACUGCUCUUCUGGGAUUUGGUAACCUCCUGCGCCUCGCUAUCGUUGACAGAGACAGUUCUCACAAUCUCUACCCAGUUCACUUAUACGGCAAGUUAGACAGUCCGAGCGAGUCUGAGCUCCAAGCAUACGUGAAGUACCUGGGUAACCUCCUCAACCGUGCUGUUCAAAAUGCUGACAGUGUCGGUAUUCAAGUAUACACCAGAGCCCUGGGAAAUAUCGGACACCCAUACAUCCUGAAACCUCUACUUCCGUAUAUCCUGGGAGAGAAGCAAGUCUCCAACUUCCAACGACUUCUGAUGGUACUGGCUCUCGACAGGGUUGCUGAACUCUAUCCCCAAAUAGUGAGACCAGUUUUGGUCCAGAUUUACCAGAGCACUGGUGAAACACACCAGAUCCGCAGCACUGCAGUUUUGCUUAUCAUGGGUUCCAAACCUUCGGCAAGUGUCCUGCAGAGGCUGGCUCAGUUUUCGAAGCAAGAUCCCAACCCUCACGUCGUCUCUGUUGUCAAGACAGCUAUUCAGAGUGCUGCCAGACUGACAACCCCUGAAAAUGAGGAUCUAGCCAGAAGUGCUAUGGCAGCCGUCAAUAUGCUGAGCCAAAAUAAAACCGCGGUACAGUACUCGGCCAAGCAUUUACAAGAUUACUUAAUUCGUGAGAUGGCAUUAUCAUACAAUCUGAAGUACAGCCAGCUCGGCAGUAAGGACACACUUAUACCUAAUGCACUGUACGCUGGUCUGAAACUGAACAUUGGAGGAUUCCAGCACCUUGCAGGAGAAGCACAAGCCGCAGUUAGCAGCAUCAAGACCCUACAACAUCUGCUUAGAUACAUCAUUGUAGAGGGAGAUGAAAAUGAGAAUCAACCAACGAAGGAUCCAGUUAUCAACAUCGUAUCUGACUUGAGGGAACAACUUGAGGGUCAAAUAGCAGGAAACGUUAUGGCCCAUCCGUCUAUAAUUGCCUUUGACAACAACACAAUUAACUCAUGGGUGGAAGCUAUCAGGAACAAUGUCAACAAGCUACAGAAUGGGCUGCCUUUUAACUGCACUAGUAUUGUAAGCGCAGUUGAUGUCAGGAUCUUUUUCCCCAACGCUCUGGGAUUCCCAAGUUCCAUCGUAUACGAGACUCCAGUUCUCUACUCAGUUGGUGGAGAACUGCGCCUGAAGACUUCACCGAAACUCAACAGUGCUCCUAAGGGCCACCUGGCCUGGCCGACCGUAUGGAAUAUCACUGCAGAUGUGAGGGCUGUAUACUCAAGAAGAAGCUCGGGAUCCAUUUUAUUCACUGUCCUCCCUCUCGACAAGAGUUAUUCUGCCGGAUAUGUUAAGAACCAGCAAUAUCAAGUACCAGUAAGAUUCCUCGUCAACGUUGAUCUCGAAGACAAUAGCACAUAUGUGAAACUACAGCCCAUCAACAAGAACCACAGGUACCAGCUGUCACACAUGAGCAGCGUUCCUUACACAACGAUCUACCGCAUGUCCCCCGUGGAAAGUGCUGCUCUUACGGCGCCAGAAACUGAAAUAGUUCACACUCGCAAGCCGCGCUCGUGGAAGGCUCAGUACGGAAGAUCAACUGGUAUGGUGUAUUCCGUAGAGUACAACUCGGAAAAGGAUUACGAUGACAUGUACGAGAGAUACCAAAAAUAUGCAAACCGCGAUGCCCUUUCUGCUAUCUUGUUCUUCAAUGCGGAGCAGCAGGUCUACUACAGCAACAUCAGCCUUUAUUAUGAGCCAGAAAAGUCCAUCUCCAAAGCCGUGGAACUCAGUGUCCACUAUUACGACGAACUCUCUUCGUCCUCAUCACGCCGUCGACCUGAGCAAUCUGAAGAGUCACAGGAGUCUGAAGACCAGCCCGAGUCCAGGGUAGCGUCGGAGGAGAUGUCUGACGAACCAGAGAGCGCUGAGUCAAGCCAAGAGAAGUACUACAGAUCCAAACGAGGAGCAAUGUUCUGGGGAAGAGCCAAGCACAGGAGAGAAGCCUCCGGUCAAAACAGAGCCGCACUGAGUAACGUGAAUCCCAACGAAUCACAUAAGGAACUGGUACAGAGAUUGAAGGAACAAGGACUUGCGAAGAGUGUCACCACGAAGGCGCUGUUGGUUGGAGUGAAUUUUGUAGAAGGCAAAGGCGCUUCUUCGCUGCUGGCAAUCGUCUGGAGCUCCAGUCCAGUGUCCAGCAAAUCGCAACUGCUCGCUUUCGCGUCAGUUAAAGGAGCACAGGCUAGCACACCUUACCAGGUUUGUGUGGAGGCACAAUCCGUGUUCCCCAACGUUCCAUUCAUGAACUUGGAGAAAGCUCUGAAGACCAAUCCAAACUCGUCUGUAUCUGUCAGACUAGAUUCUGGAGAAGGCUCGUGCUUGUCAGGAAUGUCAAUUCAGGCCAAUCUUGAUAUUGGAAGAAGCCAAAGCAUGUACCAAUACCUGCAGAAGUCUAGACUCGUGGCGCAAUGCAGAUCUCAAAUGAAGGAGGAUAACUACGUCCUGCCUGCAUGUCGUAACGCCACAAUUAAGGCUGGUGUGCUCAACAAUUACGACCUAGAGGUCGAGUAUCAGAAUAUUCCAGAAGCACUGAAGCAUUCGAUUUACAGAGCUUACUCCAACAUGGAUUACGCUCAUUUCCUUUAUGGAUCACAAAACGUCGUAAAUGGUACCGGUGCUCCUGGAAAACUGUAUGCCAACCUUAUAGUCGCACCCAACAUGCGCUCGCUCAACUUCUCCUUCUCAUCUGCAUACUUGGACGCCGCCUACGACAACGUUCGCCUCGUGAUGCCCGUAGCAAAAGCCAUCGUCAGCCAUCCACUCUUGCCCAGAGCAGAACGCGUCGCUAACUACUACACCAACUGGCAGUAUAACGCAACCUGCAGCGUGGAUUCUUCAUACAUUAAGACUUACGACAAUCUAACAUACCCGUUCGAGUCGAAGAGCCCCUGCUGGAGAAUCCUGCUCGCCACAGCUCGUCAGCGCGACGUGAAACCAUCCCCACUUGUCCCGUCACCUAACGUCACAGUGAUGGUUCGGGAAAUCUCAGACAAGAGGGAAGUCAGAGUGCUGGUCGAUGACAACGUUGUGUCACUAGCAUACCAGUCGGGCAAGUACAUGCUGAGAGCCAACAGCAAGGCCGCUACCGUCUCUCAGUCAGAGGUGACGCAACUGAACGACAAGGAAGGAGAGCCGCUGGUGCUGGCCUACGCCCUCCCAGACUCUGUCAGGAUGGAAAUACAGGAUCUCAUCAUCUACUUUGACCAGCAGCGUGUACUGUUACAACCGAGCGACAUUUACAGGCAAGCAGUGCGCGGUCUGUGCGGUACCUUCGACGGCAAACGACAGACGGACUUCAAACUUCCGGCCAACUGCAUUGUGCGAAACGUCACGGCGUUCAUCGAAGCCUACACGUAUGGUGACAAAUGCGCAGCUCCUCGCAGAGCACAGCCGAAGCAAUGCUAUGAGGAGAAGAUCAUUCCUGGAAAUCAAACUACUCCCGAGCCACUAACUGACGCAACAUGCGUCUCACUCCAGAACAGGGUUGUGCUGCGGGGUCAGAAAGUCUGCAUAAGCCGAAAGCGCCUGCCGAUGUGCAAAUGGGAAUGCAAGGCAGUAGACACCGUCGACAAGGUGGUUCCAUUCCGCUGCUACUCCAGAACUGAGACUGUUGAAACUGUCGCCGCUCAAGCUCAACGGGGACGCCACGUUGACCUCUACAGCAUACCAAUUGAAGGUGACGAUACCAAUAUCGAGGUUUCGGUAGCAACUGCCUGCACACGUCUGGAGGAGUCAGAAGAAAGCGACAGUGACGAAAAUUAACAGCUUCAUGUUAAACGCUAACGAAAAAGCACUAUUCGACCAAAACAAUAUGUACUAAAACUGUGCAAAUAAAAUCUCUUUAGACGAUA